AUGAAAUUCUUGUGUUUGCAUGGAGCCUAUGGCAACAUCCCUGCAUUUCGUGUCCAGCUGGGACCUAUGAUAGACGUUCUUGAGUCUGAGGGCUCGGCCUCGUUUGAGUUCAUUCAAGGCCGAGUCUCANGCUUCGAGUCGUACUUUGGCCCGGCACCACACUUUCGUUUCCUCAAAGACAGGGNNGGAGAGGCCGAAGCGUCAGCUGUUGAGGGAAUCCGAGUCUUUCCUGAAGCCGAAACCCCUGAAGAUGCUCUGCGUGCCCUCAUGCCCAGAGACGACAUGAAGGUCGGCUUCGCUGACGCCAGAGGACUUGCCCUCGAACAGCUCUACGAAGCACUCGAUGCAGACCCUGAGAUCUCCGGUAUCAUUGGGUAUAGCGAGGGCGCAUCCGCCAUGGCCACACUCGUCUACGACGAGCAGGAGAGAAUGAGGUCUGAGGGUUAUAUCCCAAGAAUCAAGGCGGCCAUCUUCUUCAUGGGAUGGCCUGCACUGACUGCCGAGAACGUGCCUGCCUUGUCAGACGAGGUCGAAAACCUCCUUGAGGUCCCGUCGUUGCACAUCGUCGGUGCCAAUGACCCAUACAAAGACGGCGCGCUUGCAUUGUACAAUCUCUUUGAUGACAACAUGGCUGUUUUCUUCGAUAGUGCUGGUGGUCACACUAUUCCUCGACACGGAAAGUUGUUGCAAGAGUUGGCUCAAGCAGUGAGGGACUUGAUUGCCGAUGUACCCGAGGACACUUCUGCGGACUUGCUUGUACCAGCCAUGGCAGCCAAACGUCUAGACUCGGCUGUCGAUAUUCCGAACCUGAGUUCCCUGAAGAUAGAGGACGCGUAA